CACAACUUGGCUGAGACCACAACAAAACAUGGCCGAGGCUCUAGCAUGCGACUUUGACGACUGGUUGAAAUUUACUCUAGUGGCACUAAACACAGAUGACGAGGUAUUUAGUCCCUAUAUAAAAGGUAUAUUAGAAGGAGACGAAAAUGCAGAGGAGAAACUUGAAGCCUUACAGGGGAUCUUGACUGAAAUAACGGAGAAUGGAAUUGAUGACCUUUGUCAGGACAUUCUGAAGAAAUGGAAUUUACGAGAUGACAGUUGUGUUGAAGAUGUCUCAGUUCAGGUAAGACCUCUAAGAGAAGAGGGGCAUGUUGAAGAUGUCUCAGUUCAGGUUGGCUUGGAUGAAAAAUUAGCCAAAAUCAUGGGUGAGCAGGCCCAGUGUGUAGUUACCACGAAGUCUCGGUCUAGAGACGAGGAGAAUCUCAAAAGUGCUAUCCUGGCACAGUAUUCACAGGUGUCAGAUGGGGAGGUUACUGACAGUGACCAGGAGGAAGAAGGCAGCGGAGGAUUAGGCAUUAGAAAUACAAAUGCAGAAGAAGUUAUUAAAGCAGAACGGAGAAGAGACAAAGACAAAGAAGAGUCACAGCGCAAGAAAGAGAAGGACAAGGAAGAUAGAGUUAAACAAAAAUCUAAAGGAAGGAGAGGAAGGAGAAGGAGAAAGCGUACUCAAAAGGGAGAGGGAGGCGGUGAUCGCCUGCAAUAUUAGUUUCUAGCCAUUUUAAUCCACAAGUUUCAGUAAGGGGAAACAUUAUUAAAAUAUAUUGUAAACUGGUUGACCUAAUUGUAUUUCAGUGUAUUUUUGAGUCAGCCAGUGUAUUUUUGUGACAAUGGCUGGUUUUCUUUCUUUUGUUUGCCUUUAGAGAAUUGUUCUAUGGAGGAGGUAGGCCUUGAGAAAAGUUUGUAUAAUACUCUGAGUAAAUGUGUUUAUCUUCCAGUUAUCUUGAAUAUUCUAAUUAAACAUUGUCUCUUUAACUAUCACCAUGGACAAAUGGAUGAAAUAAAAAAUACAAAGCGAUCCUAAACAUA